GUGUUAGUGUUUCUCUGUGCACUGGCUAAUGUGCAGGCCUGGGAUGCAGUCAGGACUUUAGAGCUGUCAUAGGGGUACUACAGAGGGGGCAGCCCACCUGCACCCCAAAACUUCUAAUUCUUCAUCUUGAUCAUCCUGAUACACACACACACACACAACUAACACAUGCUCUUCUGGACCAAGAAAGGAAGUUGUUCAUACUCUCCAAACAUCCAUCUUCAAAGGACACUUGCAGAAGACUGACCACAACAAGUAAAGAACUAUCGAUCAAAUCAAGAUGACAGAGCCCAGCUCCAAAAAACAAGGAUUUAAAAAAUGUCGGAGUGCCACAUUCAGCAUUGAUGGGUUCAGCUUCACGAUCGUCGCAAAUGAAACAGGAGAAAGCCACCCCAGGCCUCUGGCACGCUUUGCACGCUCGAAGUCCCAAAAUGCCUUGUGGAACGCUAUAACAGCAGGCAUCGGGAUCAGGGACAAAGAUAAGAGAGGGAUAUUAAUUGACCCGCGCAGUCCUGAGGAGAUCCUCUCUGAUGAGUUGCCUGCUGUGGACAGUCCUGAUGCCAUGGAGAAGACUGCAAUCAGAUUACGAUGUCUGGUGAAACAGCUGGAGCGGGGUGAGGCCUCUGUUGUUGACCUAAAGAAGAACCUGGAGUAUGCAGCUUCUGUACUGGAGUCAGUGUACAUCGAGGAGACACGACGACUGGUGGACACAGAAGAUGAGCUCAGUGACAUACAAUCGGAUUCGGUGCCUUCAGAGGUGCGGGACUGGCUGGCCUCCACCUUUACGCGACAAAUGGGGUUGAUGCUUAGGCGGACAGAGGAGAAACCACGUUUCCGCAGUAUCGUCCAUGCUGUGCAGGCUGGGAUAUUCGUAGAGAGAAUGUACCGGCGGACGUCCAACAUGGUGGGAUUAAGCUAUCCGCCCAGCGUGAUCACAGUACUAAAGCAUGUGGAUACAUGGUCAUUUGAUGUGUUUGCGCUGAAUGAUGCAAGCGGAGAUCAUGCACUAAAAUUUAUAUUUUACGAGCUCCUCACCAGAUAUGAUCUAAUCAAUCGCUUCAAGAUCCCCAUCUCUGCACUGGUGUCGUUUGUAGAGGCUCUGGAAGUGGGCUACACUAAACACAAAAACCCCUACCAUAACCUUGUCCAUGCAGCAGAUGUUACUCAGACUGUACACUACUUUUUGCUCAAGACAGGCAUGGUGCACUGGCUGACAGAAUUAGAAAUCUUUGCGAUGAUAUUUGCAGCGUCAAUACAUGAUUAUGAACACACCGGGACCACUAACAAUUUCCACAUACAAACAAGAUCAGACACUGCAAUAUUGUACAAUGACCGUGCAGUGCAGGAGAACCAUCACGUGAGUUCUGCUUAUCGACUCUUACAGGAGGACGAUGAAAUGAAUAUUCUCUAUAACUUAUCAAAAGAUGACUGGAGAGAGUUCCGAACACUGGUAGUUGAGAUGGUUUUGGCCACAGACAUGUCCUGUCACUUCCAGCAGAUCAAAGCCAUGAAGAACUUCCUUCAGCAGCCAGAGGCGAUUGACAAACCAAAGGCUUUAUCAUUGUUACUACACACUGCGGACAUCAGCCACCCUGCCAAAAAGUGGGAUUUGCAUCACCGCUGGACCACAUCUCUGCUGGAGGAGUUUUUCAGACAGGGGGAUAAAGAGGCAGAACUUGGCCUUGCUUUCUCUCCUCUUUGUGACCGCAAGUCCACCAUGGUGCCCCAGUCUCAGAUUGGCUUUAUUGACUUCAUUGUGGAGCCCACGUUCACUGUGCUGUCAGACAUGACAGAGAAAAUAGUGACUCCACUCAUUGACGAGGCAUCACGCUCAGGGCUGGCCAGCUUCAGACGUUCCAGCCUGAAUAACAUCCCAUCUGAUGGCAAGCGGGCCAAUGUGAAGAGCACUGGCUCAGAGGGCACCACUGCUCACAACUGCUCCCUGCUUAGUGUUGACUUCAAGAGUUUCAAGGAUACCUGGAAUGAAGAAGUGCAUCAGAACAGAGAGAAGUGGAAAACCCAGGCAGCCAAAGAGGAAAAGACCAAAAAGGAGGAAGAAGAGAAGGCCAAUGAGAAAGAGCCUGACAGGAAACAGGACACAAGUGAGGAGAAAACAGACACCACACAGGACAAAGACAAGACUGAGAAAGACCCAAAAGAAAAAUCCCCCAACAAAGACAAGAAAGAUUUAUCAUUCACAGAACGCAAGACAGUCUGCAAACAGAGGGACACAAAACCAGCACCAGCAGACUCUACCAAGGACAAAGCGGAUAAGAAAGAGCCUACAGAACAGCAGCCCAAGGAGGUGGAGGGCAAUAAGGACCCAGGGGGAGUGAAUGGAGCGAAACUGGAGGCUGCUAAUGAGCAGGUGGAUGCAAAAGAUCUGGACACCAGCAGUGAUACAGACAAUAGUCAGCAAGUUCAAAAUGGGGAAGAGCUGGACUUACCCGACAGUGACGACAGUGACACAAAGAGCUCGGAUGAUGCAGAUGAGGAGCACAGCACUCAUGAAAGUUCAGCCACCUCCCUUGUAGCCAGUGCUGCAGCUGCCUCCACGCCUGAUGCACACUAACCACUCUUUCAUUUUUCAACAAGGACUCCAUCUGCUGGGCAACACUCUCACUCCUGCACAAUGGCACCAUCUGGUGUCUGCUUUGAUAUUUAUAGAACUGAUUUUUUGUUUUGUUCUGUUUUGUUUUUGUUUUCUUUUUUCUUGGUUUUCUUUUGGAAAUAGACUUUCCUUUUUUUUUUUACUUUUAUAAUUUUUCUUUUGUUGCCUAAUACUCUCCUGCUUUUGCUGGAAUGUUUGUAUGGCUCAACUGUCAGGCUCAAUAUUGCAAUGAAACCCAAAAAGGGUGCAGCGUGAAGAGCUUGGCCUAGAGUUAACCCAGUACAGGGUCAUAUUAGCCCAGUGGGUGUUGCCAUAGAGGCACAGAGAGUCUAUUAGCACUGGAGCCAGAAGGGAGCAUAUGGCAGUAUGGCCAUCGUGGUAUCCCCUCCCAGCUGAGAUCUCCCUAGAGAUGAUGUACUCACACGUAUACACAUGUAUACACACACACACACACACACACACUCAUGCACACAUAGCAGAUUGGCGUGCCUAUAAAGCUGCAGAUGUUGCAAAGCUGUACAGACAUUGCCAGAGACGGGUACAUGCACAGACACAGCCUAGAACUGAUACACAGCCAGCUGAAAUGGGCUUUCAUCCCCACUGGAAUGCUCUUCCUGCGACAGAACCCAGAGCUAAAUGCACAUUUGUAUGGAAAAACAAGCUGAAGAAUGUCCGCUUAAAUUUGUUAUGUUGUUAUUCUUUGUAUGAAACUACCUGGUUGAUAUGCAUUGUGUCCUGUACAAUAUGCUGAUCAGGACUUCACUAGCUCUACAGCAGUAUUCAGUAAAUGUGCGUUCUUGCAUACGCUUUUGUUUACUGCACACGUUUGCCGAUUGAUGUGUUCUCACGUGUCUGAAAAAACAUUAGAUUGUGUCUGUAUAAUGUCGCUUAGAACUUAGAACUUUUUUUUUUUUGCUGUUGAUUAUUUUAUUUGCCAGUAAAUUAGUUCUAAGUGCUUAAAUUGUGUGAAAAAGUGUAAAUCUGAUAGGUGCCAUUUGGGUAACAUUUCUAUUUUGCCAAAAUAAGGUAGAUUUGUGUGGUACAAUAUAUUCCUGUGAACAUAAAACUUAAAAAAAAAAAAACAGGGAAAAGAUAUUUUAAUAUAUAAAGCAGGGCAGUUAAACCUCAUAAUUUAUUGACCAAACUUGUGGCUGUGUGUCCAUCUCUCCGGUAUGGUAAGCUGCAUUUGUAAAUCUAGACACUGUUGCCAUCUUAGGUACAACACGGCUCUAUGCCUCACUGUUAAAAAUGUCAGUCGAUGGGAACUUGUAAUAUAGUACGUGUACUUUCUGAUUUGAAAAGUCAGUUCGAAUUUUUCGAGCAUUCUGUAAAUAUUUACUGUAUAUAAAUAAGAAAAGUUUAUUUAUAAGCAGUUGUGUACAGAUACAGUCAGUAGACUGAUGACUGCGAUCAGCAGUGAACAUUCGACUUAUUACGAUGUGGAAGGUCAGCAUCAUUAUAAGUUCACCAAGUUUUGUUUUGUUUUUUUGAUUAAAGUGUAGUAUAGGAGGGAAAACAUUUUUAUUUUUCAUAUGUCUGGAGUUACUGCUCCAGCUGUUCUCAGACUGUUUUAUCUUACAAAUGAUGAAAUAAAAAUCAUGCCACUUCCUUUGAUGCACUUAAAUAAAUUCUUAAGUAUAUGAGCCACCAUAACAUCUCCAAGAUAGCUAUUCCCAAGCCAUAAUGAUUGUGAUAAAUAAGUAUUUUGUAUUUUAAAUUUCAACAUUCCGUUUGGCAUGAUACAAUAUGGAGGAUAUUCUCUAAUAGGAACAAAUUGCAAUGGGUAAAGGUGAAUGUAAUCAAAAGCACAUGCUGACUGUGCUGCACAUCAAGACUCGAGGAAAAUACCACCAGAAAUAAUAAAUAACAUCUUUUAAUUUCUUUUAUAUUAUUGCAUAUGUUAAGUGGUCAACAAACUCACUGUGUAAAAUGUUAUUGCUGCCUUUACCAAAGAGAUAAAUAGAUUUAUUUUGUAGAUUAAUCCUUUGUCCCUUAGCACAACCCAUUUGAGAAGAGAAAAGAUUCAUGAGAUACUGUGCAAGUUGUUUUUAUGAGGUUUAUUAUGCUUAACAAUAAUUACUGCCUUAAAUUCAUUUUAUUGUACCACUGAUGUGCGAUCCUUCAAAACCUCAAUGUAGUGUCAGUUGUUUAUUUUCGGUUCCUUGUGGAAAGAUUUUGUUUUCUCACAAGAAUGUAUGCUCAUUAUCAGUAUGUAUGCCAAUCAUUAUUUGUGUCAAUUGUGUGUUAUGAGACAAAUAUUUAGUCUGUUUUCUAUUUGUGUAGUGUUCAGUGAAAACCAGGCAAUCAUGCCUCAAAGCAGUCACCAACAUCACCUUUUUCUGUCUCUGACUGUCGGUAAAUGUACUGUUUUAAGUGAUGUAGUAAGCAUACAUCAAAUAGUUCUUCAUGAUUAUGCUGAUAUUAAAUGUGAGUGACUUCAUUUUUCCACAUAUCCUCUCACCAGCAAGCUCAGUAGGCUGUUACAGAGCAUUAGGCAUGGCAUUAUAACCUGUUAAGUACAGUACUGUACAAAAGGUAUUAGGCACAUCUAGAAAAAAGUCUGUGAUGCAAAAUAACAAUUUUUUAAAAUGACAUAUGAAAUUAAACAUUAAACAGAAAAUGAAAAAAAUAAAUAAAUAUUUUGACAUGAUGACACCAUUUAAUAUGAAAAUAUUAAUUCUCUUAGGUCAUGCAGUUUCAUAAGGAAAAUGGUUGGUUGCCAUUCAGGAGUUCAAGCAUGUUGGAGAAUGGUUCUUGGCUCAAACGCCCUGGUCCAUGGCUCCCAUUUUCUUCUUGGAAAGAAGCAUCAUCUGAUGUUUUGUAUCUGAAGAGUGGUCUAAAAUCCUCCUAUCUUUAAUGACACAUCAUUUUUCUUAUACAUUUUAAAAUCCAUUUUCUGCCGAUGCACUAAUGCAGAGAAUCUAAAUGAAACAAAAACUAAGAAGGCCUGCAAAACUUUUGCACAAUACUGUAAACACAUGCCUAGUGCUGCCGUUACAAUCCAAAUGGCUGUUAGAAUUCUAUUUCUUCUGACAUUAAAGGUCACUCUGAGAGUACUAUAGCCCUCAGGGGUGAGAUGACAGAUAGACCUGUUAACUGCAUCUGUUUGCUUAGUAACCACUCACCUCAUCAGGAAUCAGCCGUGACAUGCAGUGUGCAGUGAAACAUCCUUGAUAGAAUACAGCAGUAAAUAUGGUACAGUGAAAUAUUGCCUUAAUGAAAUUGUUUUUAGUUUUAGUUUUUGUUUUGUUUUUGCUACUUUAUAAGAACUGCCAGGUGUUUAGAUCAAUCAUGUAUGAUUCUGUCAUGGCAUUGUGUGGUUUUCACUCACUUCUCUGGAAUUUGUACUGACAAAAUGUGUAUAGGUGUAAUAAUAAUAAUAAUAAUAAUAAUAAUAAUAAUAAUAAUAAUAAUAAUAAUAAUAAUAAUAAUAAUAUAUGAUCUUACUGAUAAAAGUGAAAUGUGAACUCAGAUGAUCAGGAUCAGAUUUAUUUAAUUAAGAGAAGCUCGGUAAACAGCUCAGUGCCAUCCCCUGCAGGUUGUCUUCUGUACUGCAUCAUAAGCAAUGAAAGCCUAUUUUAAUCAUAUGAUGUUUUUUAAGCUCAGUUUUGUGCAUUCUUUCCAAAGCAUAAGCCAUAUAAUGAUCUAAUUGUAUGUAUCCUUUGCAAGUUUGACAUUUUUAGACUUCACACUGUUCAAACCUUUGUUUUUUUCAAGUAGGGGAAACAAUCACAAACCAAGAAAGACACGUGGUGGUGCGAUCCUGUUUGUUUCAGAUGCUCCAUUAUUGCACUGUUGUGCCAAUAAAUCUAAACUCAAAGGGCUCA